UCCAAAGCCCCAAAAACACCAAAAAUAAUAAAAAGAUAAAGUGGUAAAAAGAAAAAAUAAUGGCGGAAGAAGGAAACGCAGAUGCCCAACUGUUUCAGCUCCUUUCAAAUCUCCUCCAUCAGGUAGAAUCAUUGACCAAUCAAGAAGAAGUCGAAUUGCGCUCCAAAAUCGAAGCACUUGGAUUAGAGGUUACGAAAGUUCCUUCAAAUUCAACACGGAAUCUUGAUGAGCUUGAAAUAGCCAAGGAGUUGGAUAAAUUAUCAUCCAAGUUGGAUGAUGUAGAUGAGAUGAUAUCUUCAGCAGUGGCUGCAGAUCCACAGGUGCAGUCGCUCUUGAGCGGUACUGCCAAUGUAUGGAUGCCGGUCAUCACUGCUACUGCCGAUGAGCGGCGUAAUUUUACGGCAUCUAUCGAAGAUGACAAACUCCAAGUCCAAGGGAAGGCUUCUGAUUAGAGUUGUGUUAUAGGCUUCUGACUAGUGUUUGCUUUGUCUCCCAAAACUAAACACAAAUGUGCUUGUUCUGAUAAUAUUGGGCGCGAUAGGGGGCCGGGGGCAGCGGUGGGGGCGGGGAGUCAUUUUUCAUUGUUUUUCUUCUUCACAAAUUAUUUGCCGUCGUCUUUAUUAACUGCCCCCGUAAAAUUAAAGAAAUUGAAUUGUGAAGGGGAAAAUUAUGAGAUCUUCCUGUGUUCAUUUGAAAUACAAAUAAUAUGUUCUAACAUUUCAUUCUUUGUAAUUACAAAAAUUAUCUCUUUAC